GGGAGAGAAGGAGAGUUUGGAUCCCUGAAAGAUCUGCAGCCUUAACCGACACGUGUCGUCUCUCCCUUUCCUGUCGAACGAGAGCGAGCGUAUCUCGCUUGAUGAAUGCAGCAGCUGUAGCUUAUCAGGGGUACACCACUGGCAACGGCUACGCACAGCCUCAGGGCCACCAGUAUCUGAACCAACCCACCUCUCGUCCCACAGCCAACCCCAACCACACUGUACAGCACAACAGCACCUACCCGCCACAGCCACCAGCACCCACACCAACAGCACCCGCACCGCCAGCGCCACAGGCAGGAGGACCGGGAGCGUACGGGCAGGCCGGUCAGUCGGGUUACAGCAUGGGAGGCGGCGGCGAGGGCGGCUACGGCAUGGGAGGGUACGGCAACGCUGGUCCGGCCAUGGCCCAGGGAGUCGUGGGACACGCACCCACAGGCAUGGGCGGUGCCCCACCGCCACCACCCACAGGCAUGGGCGGUGCCCCACCGCCACCACCGUCGGGAGGACAGGGUGAGUGCCUGCCUGCCUGCAGUGCGGGACGCACACAACACACAACACAACACGGAGACAGCUAGAGAGCCAGACAGACACAAGUGUGACGACAGACAGACGAGCAAGACACACCUCGUGCUAUCUCUCUCUGUCAUGUUCGUUUGUGUCGUCCGUCGUGUGCACUGCACUGCAGGUAACUACUCGUACGGCAUGGCUUCCAUGGUCGCGCCCCCGCCCCUGCCCAACAACCGCGGUCCGAUGGACGGCGGCAUGGGAGGCGGCAUGGGCGGUGGGAUGGGCGGCGGGUACCCCGACUACGGCAACCACAUGGGGGGCAUGGGCAUGAUGGGCGGCGGCGGCAUGGGGGGCGGCGGGUACAUGGGCGGAGGAGGCGGCAUGGGCAUGAACAGGUGCGUGGGCGCCUGGGGAGGUCACCUGUGUGGUGGGGCGUCCCGUCCAUCCUCUCUACCGUCUCUCUCUGUCCUGUGUUGUUUGGUGUGUGCAGGGGUGGUAUGGGUAGUGGCUAUGGCCGUGGCGACGACUGGGGCGACAGCUUCCAGCGGGGCGGGAUGGGCAUGGGCAUGGGCAUGGGCCCGUAAGACAAACAAGGCACUGCACGGAGGAGUGAUCUGACAGACACCGACUACACCUGUUGUGUGUUGCGUGCUGCGUUUGCGUUGGUGUAAUGUGUGUGUGUAGUCGCGACAAGAUGGCCAUGGCUGGUGCGAACCUCCGCAACAUCGACUGGAGCCACGAGGACCUCACUACCUUCAGAAAGAACUUCUACGUCGAACACCCACACGUCGCUAUGGUCAGUGCAGUGCAGUCAGUGGGACCCGCACAACCACACGCAUCAAGACAAGACACACAUCACAUCCCCUUUUGUUUGUGUCGGUGUCUUGUGUCUUUGAUCGAUUGUGCAGCGUACGGUUCAGGACGUCGAGCAGAUCCUCAAGGAGGGCGAGAUCGCGGUCAACGGCACGCCACCCAUUCCCAAGCCCAUCAAGACAUUCGCAGAGGCGUGCUUCCCUGGUACACACACACCACACACACACUCACAAAAGAGACUGACUACACACAUCUUCGCACACGUCAUCACGUUCGUUUCGUUCAGACUACGUGAUGCAAGAGAUCCACAACAACGGCUUCCAGUACCCCUACCCCAUCCAGACAAUGGUAUAAGCAACCAACCACGCACACAGGGAGAUGGCUGCCUGCACAUCAUAUCAUCUGUCUGUGUGGCGUUUUGUGUUGUGUUGUGUUGUGUGUGCUUCAGGGUUGGCCGGUGGCCCUGACGGGUCGCGACAUGAUCGGCAUCGCCCAGACGGGCUCCGGCAAGACACUCGCGUACCUGCUGCCAUCCAUACUGCACAUCAACGCACAACCGCCACUCAGGGUGAGUGAGUGAGUGCACACAGCCGAGCCCCACGCCCAACACCGCACCGCUGUCUGUGGUUCAGGACGGUGACGGUCCCAUUGCGUUGGUGCUGGCGCCCACUCGCGAGCUGGCCAUGCAGAUCCAGAAGGAAGCCUCCAAAUUCGGUGCGUUCACAAGAGAGAGACAUGGGCGGAGGGAGGGAGGGAGGGAGGGAGGGUCUGUUUCACGUCACGUAUGUAUGUGUGUGUGUCGUGUCGUGUUGUGUUGUGUAUGUCAGGUCGCACGAGUUCGAUCCACAUCGUGUGUGUGUACGGCGGAGUGCACCGCUACGGACAGAUCUCCGAACUCAGAAGAGGUAUGCUGACCUGACCGUUGCGAGGCAAGCCUCACACACACACGCCAUCCAUCCAUGCCAUGUACAGGUGCCCACAUCGUGAUCGCCACCCCGGGUCGUCUGUUGGAUUUCCUCGAGUCGGGCAACACCAACCUCAAACGCGUCACAUACCUCGUGCUCGACGAGGCUGACAGAAUGCUGGUCAGAAUACCAACCAAUCACACACACAGAGAGAGAAAACUGUCGCCGUUGCCGACGCCUGUGAGGAGUGUUUGUUUCGCAUGGUGUGUGUUGUGUUGUACUAUGUGUGGAUUCGAUCAGGACAUGGGAUUUGAGCCUCAGAUGCGCAAGAUCGUUAGCCAGAUCCGCCCCGACCGACAGACACUCAUGUGGAGCGCGACGUGGCCGAAGGAGGUCCAGGCACUCGCCAGGUGCGCCACGCCACCCUCGCGGCCACAGACACAGACGAGAACAAGAGACAUGGUAUGGUAUCCGUGUUGUCUGUGUGCGUGUGCAGGGAUUUUUGUCGCGAGGAUCCCGUCAAGAUCACGGUGGGGUCGCAUGACCUGCAGGCCAACCCCAACAUCGAACAAAUCGUAGAGUUCGUUGCUGAACACGAGAAACAGAAUAGGUAUGUGUGUAUGUUUGUAUGGCCACGAUGGGCGGCACACCUACUCACCGUAUGGCAUGCGUCUGUCUCUCUCUUUCUGUGCGUGUCCUGUCCUAGGUUCUUCGUGUGGCUGCGUCAGCAUGUCAGCGUUGGCGAGAAGGUAAAUAGGGAACACACACGAGAAUGAAUGACACACGCGACGCGGCCCCACCUGUCGGGAUAUGGCCUCUGCCUGUGGUCCCCCAUCCAUCAGAUCUUGGUGUUUUGCGAGACGAAGCGCGGCUGUGACCUCCUAUGCCGCGACCUCAGAUGGCAGAACUUCAACGCUCAGUCGUAAGAUAGAUACAUCAACACACAAAAUGACCUAGACCACAGUCAUUAGUGAGUGCAUCCAUCCGUUGUGCAGCAUUCACGGCGACAAGGAGCAGCGUGAGCGCGAUCGCAUCCUCAACGAGUUCAGAAUCGGCCGCUGCACACUGCUGGUCGCUACCGACGUCGCAUCCAGAGGACUCGGUACGCACGCAGCCAGGGGGGGACAGAGGGAGGGAAAGAGGGAGGGAUGCGCCACAUAGAUCCAUAUGGGUGUGUAUGGGCUGUAAAACAGACAUCAAGAACAUCGAUUUUGUGGUCAACUACGACAUGCCCAAGACGAUCGAGGACUACAUCCACCGCAUCGGCCGCACUGGCCGGGCGGGCGCCCGCGGACGCGCACUCACAUUCUUCUGCGCACAGAACGCAUUCUCGCAGGAGGCCGUCACCGAUGCUGCUAUGGUCAGCCAACCAGCCAGCCACCCAGCCAGCAACAGAGGCAAUCGACACUUGUUGGAUUUGUUGGUGUGUCGUCAGAGUCGUAUGGCGCGUGACAUCUGCCGUGUGAUUCGUGACGUGGACCAGCGGCCCCCGCCCGAGCUCGAGGAGAUGGCCAAAAACGCCGGCGGCGGAGGUGGCGGACCCAACCCAAGUACAACUGACUGACACGACACGCACACAGACAGAGACACAGACACACUACACACGAGUCAUCUCUUUGUGUGCAUUGCUGCUUACAUUGUAGGAGGGUUCCGUGGCGGUCGUGGCGGUUAUGGCCGCGGGAUGCCGGCGCGCAACAUGGGUUACGGCGCUGGGGGUCGCGGGGGCAUGGGAGGGCGGGGCGGCUACGGCAACCCAGGGGGCUUCGGCGGACGGGGCGGCAGGGGCGGCGGAUACGCUAACGGAGGUCAGUCAACGCAACAGACACAACACGACUCACAGACAGAGGAGAGAAAAGCAAAGCAAGCCCCACCUGCAUUGAUUGCAUCUGUGUGUCCUCUGUGUCUGUGGUGUGCGUGUGUCGUGUCGUCAGGGAUGGGAGGCUACGGUGGCGGUGGUUAUGGCGGUGGCGGGAACCCACACAUCAUGCACCCCCCAUCCAUGGCACCCCCACACAACCCACAGACCGCUGCAUAGACAGACAGACAGACACAGACACCCUACACACACUGACUGACUGACUCACCAACUCAACUGGGCUCUUCCAUGUCAAAUCUCGCUAUCUUCUCCUUUCCCCGUGGCCGUCUGUAUGUAUUGUGUGUGGGUUUUGUUCAUCGUGGCCUUUCAAGGAAACACACACCUGCCUCUCGUGAGUGAGUGAUGGACCGACCAGUCAAUUCUCUUUCCUCCCCCC